AUGGAGGAGUUUUAUGAUGAUAGUGGAAGCGAAAGUGGGUGUUAUUACCCUGAAGACUUAAACGACGAUAGCAACAACGAAAAUUAUGCACCAAGCAGUUUUAGCGUGCCUUUAAACAACCGGCAACGAAAUUUGACCGACAUGGCUGAAAUUGACUCGUUUAUCGAGCAGCAACGCCCGGAAAAUACCACUAAGAAAACCACGUAUGACCUAAAUAUUUGGCAGCGUUUUUGCUUAUCUAGAAAUGAAGGACGUAAACUAAAUGAAAUACCUUCAAACGAACUUAACUUGCUCCUUUGUAAGUUUUUCAUGACAAUUACGAAGAAAGACGGCAGCGUCUAUGAACCUUCAUCUUUAACUUCCUUUCAACGCAGUAUUCAACGACAUCUGAACUUUUCUAACUCGACAUUGAACAUUUUUAAAGAUGUAGAAUUUGCCAAAUCCAGAGAUGUUCUUCUUGCCAGAAAGAGACAGUUAGUUGAAACCCACGCGAAAGGAAACCGUCCACAAGCAUGCAGAGCUCUAACCGAGGAGGAAGAAGAGUUGUUGUUUGACAAAGGCUUGUUCGGAGACCACGAACCUGAGACCCUUCAACGAACUGUCUGGUGGACGCUGUCAUUACAUUUUGGCUUUAGAGCACGAGACGAGUCCAGGAAAUUAAAGUGGGGAGAUGUUGAAUUGGGAUUUGAUCAAGAAUCUGGCCAAUAA